AUAAGGCGAAAAGCUUAAAUCAUCCAAAAACCAACCAAACCAUUGUAAAUACUCUUAAACCGACAUGAAGGGAAGUAAUUAAAGGAAUGCAAAAUCAACAACAAUCCAGACUUGAUUCCAGAGCAAUUGAAGAGAGAGAGAAAAGAAUGGAAGAAGAAAAAGGAAGAAGAGAGGUGAAAACAGAAGCAAUGGAAAGUAUUACAGACAGACUUUGUGGUAUUGAUAAUCUCUAUUUUCCUCAAGCUCUUCUUCCUCAUACCACCACCCCUUCACUCCGCAAGCCCCUCCUUCUCGAUCUCCUCCGCCGCAACGUUCCCGUUUUCCUAGAACGAUACGGACGGCAGUUGACAUCAGAAGAACUUCAAGAGUUUGAUGUCCUAAAAGAUGAUUAUGAAAUCGAUUGGCAUUUAAAGCAUCUAAGAAGCAAGCUCAGUCCCACUUCAGAGCAGCUGCGUUUUCGGUCGUUAACUAUAAAGAACAGGAGAAGUGCAUACUUGGAUAAGCUAGUCAGUGAAGGGAAUUACUUUUCUGAGGAUGCUAUGAGAGAGAGGGAGCCGUAUUUGCACCAUGAGUAUUUGGGGAAGUUUCAGGAUCCUUACGGGAGAAGCAUGCCCAGGCCUGGUGAACGGUGGUCAGAAACUUUGAUGAGACGAGCUGAGGAGGCAAUUUUGCUAGCAAAGAUCAGAGGUGAGCAGCAGAGAUUGGGUGUUGACGAGAGUGAAUGGGUAGGUAAUGAAAGAGCAGACAGAAUGGAGGAGGAGGAAGAGGAAGAGGAAGAGGAGGAGGAGGAGACGGAAGAAGAAGAAGAAGAAGACGAGGAACAGGAAGAGGAGGCCGAGAAAGUUACUAUUCAUGGGAACGGGGUGCCCACUGCUUCAGAGGUACGACCUAUACAAGAUCAAAAUGGAGCAACUGGUGGCAUUGUCUCUACGAGUUCAUCGAAUAUGGAGAGGCCGAUGUUGUCACCAGCAGAAAUGCAAGAGCAGUUGGAUCAGUUCACUUACAUAAUGCAACAGAAAUUCUUAACAGGUCAAGAUCAUGAACAUGUUAAUUAUACCAAAAUAGAUGAAGAUGAGACCCUUGAUGAUCACUGGUCAAGAGAAGCUAAUUAUGAUGCUGAGGAGAAGUACUUCGGAGAAGAUUGAUCAAUACUGUUGACAACAGUUGCCUUUUGUAACAGAGAAAAGCUUGCACCGGCAUCCCAGGGCACGCAGAUAUGCCGGAUUUGUCAAUAACUCCGUCACAACUUACGAGUGACUUCAUGUACACUGUACAGUGUAGGAAGAUGCUGAAGCUUUAUAGUUUGUAGUUUAUAAUGUUUUGUUAACUUAUUAUGUAUAGUUCUAGUACCCCUCUUAACUUUGUUACUCUGGUUUUAAUUCUACUAGCCUUUUAUUGAGAA